AUGGAGGAGCCAAAGAAGAAGUUAGCAAGGGCCAAAGGAGAAAAAGUUGGCACGGAUGAUGAAGACGGCCGAUGCCUGCUAGAUCUGCAUGCACUGGAGGAGUCCUCGGGAAAACCUCUGAGCACAGAGCCGAGUCGGCCCCCCACCAACGUGGACCCUCGCCUUUUAGAAGAUGAAGACCUGGGCUCACCAUCCAGCAGCGGAGUGAACCUGAAGAACUCGCAGCAGCCCUGCAACAUCCUCCAGCAGCCCGUGCACCAGGUCACCACAAAGCCCUUUGGUUCCAACACUGCUGUGACCACGCAGAACAAAGCCGCCCUGCAGCAGCAGAAGGUCCAGCAGAACCUCUCUGCCCUGACCAGCAAACCCGGGCAGAACGUGGUGCUGUUGGGCUUCCCCCAAGGGCUUCCAAGCGACACCUUCAAGCAGCCACUGCCACCACAGCAGCGAGCCCCCAGCAAGCCCAGGAGUGUCCACCUGCUGAGCCAGGGCAGCAGCAGCAGCAGCGCCACGCAGCACGUCGCGCAGGCCAUGCUGCAGGGCCAGAAGCAGAUCCUGCUCCCCGGGCAGCUGGCGGGUGCCUGCGCUGUGCAGAUCCCCCAGCAGCUCUCGGCCCUGCAGACCAACAUGGGGAGGCAGAUCCCGAGCACCUCCCGCCCCAGCGGACAAGCCCACACCACAACCAGCCAAGGGCCGGGCGCACGGCUGAGCAUCUACCAAGUCUUGCCAGCCCACAUCCUCUCCAGCCAGCACGUCGCCGGGCAGCUGAACCUGUGCCACCUGCUCCCAUCGCAGAGCACCCCUGGCACCGCUCACAUCCUAUGGGCUCCCAUGCAGCUCCAGCCCAGCCAGGUUCCUCGAGGGAUUCUCCUGCAGCAGAAGCAGCAGCCCCCCACCAGCCAGGCCCCCUCCGCGCUCGGCACAUGCAGUGCCACGGUCUCCUCCGGGAUGGUCAGCAGGCAGGGACAGGCGGUGGCGGCCACGGCAACAUCAGGGACCCCCAUGCAGAGCCACGCGCCCACUGCUGCCCUCCCACCCUCCUCUGCAGGAAAAAGGCGGUGGGAUGCCACCUGUCAGCGCAGGGAGCCAGGACCAGGGCCAUCCAAACGUGCUGCUCGGUCACGCCCAGGUGCUUUUGGUAACUCUCUGCUUUGCACUGAAACGUCCUGGGGGAAUCCAGAACAGCGUUACUUAACCACAAACCCAUCCGCUUUCUCUCUGGCAGGCAUUUCCACCUCAGUUCCUGGGGACAGCAGAGCCUUCCCCAGCACUUCCACGCUGGUCUCUCCUGGGAAGGGGACUGCAGCCCAGGGGAGGUCAGGGACAGCUCAUGCCAGACAGCAGCCAGUUCAGUACGACAGCGAACUCCAUCCAAAGAAAGCCUCGACACUGCAGCCCGGCAAGGAAGCCUGUUUCCUGGAGCAGCUGCACAAACACCAAGCCAUGGUGCUGCACCCUGACUACCGGACCCCAUUCCGCUCCUUGGACGACGCCGUGCAGCGGCUCCUGCCCUACCACAUCUAUCAGGGAACGCUGCCCUCCGACGAAGAGUGCAGGAAGGUGGACGAGGAGUUUGAGGUGGUGUCUGCCCAGCUGCUAAAGCGCUCCCAAGCCAUGCUGAACAAGUACCGCCUGCUGCUCCUGGAGGAAUCCCAGAGAGUCAGUCCUUCUGCGGAGAUGGUGAUGAUCCACCGCAUGUUUGUUCAGGAGGAAAGGAUCAGGCUAGCGCUCGACAAGCAGUCGGUCAAGGAGAAAUCAGAGGAAGAUGUCUCAGUGCUCUCCCCAUCGCACAGCCUCUCCUCCUUGGCAUCCCUGGCCUCCAGCUCCAGUGCGGCACCAGCUCCCGACAGCCUGAAGGUGCCCCCAGCGCAGGCAGUGCCUCCCACUCCCUCCCCCAAGCUGGAGAUCAAGCCCAGUGGGAGCUCCCCCUCCGUCACCUGCACCAAGACUCCCCCUUUGCUGGACGAAGACGCGGACACCUUGCCCUCCGGGAACAAAUCCCCCAGCCAAGCCUGCGGAGCACCCAGUCAGAUCGGCCUCAAGCUGAAGAUCAAGCAGAGGGCUGGGCUAUGGCAAGUGGUGCACAACACCGCUCUGGGAGUGGCCAGGGACCAGGAUCCUGAUCCAGGAGCGGGCCUGGGGGCUCAGGGACACAACGAGGAAGCGGGAUCCGAACCUGCGACUGGGGCCGACGGCCAGGGAGGCGACACGGCACUUUUGGGAGGAACCCCUGGGAUCACAGAGAAAGAAUCUAUGGGAUUGGGGCAGGGAUAGAAUGACUGUAUUUCUUUUAAAAAUAAGGCAGUGUAGUAAAUUAAGGUAUCUUCACUUCUGAAGGAGUUCAGAACUUUCGUGUAUUUUACAAAAGCCAAGAUGAAAUAUUUAAAGGUAACUGUGCAACUGAAGUAUGAAUUGGAAUUCAUAAUUCUUUGUCCAAGCAUAAAUCCACGUGCCUACAUUGGACGGGUUAAAAUUAGAUGCCUUCAUUGAAUAGAAUGCCCUAACUGUUGAGAGACAAAUAACAAAUCAAAUACUUUUGUGUGAUGGACAAAGUCAUUUGGGUUUCAUGCUUGCUUCAGACUGUUUCAAUAAAAUUGAAGGGAUUACCCAUUAAAAACAUAUGAUUGCUAUCCAAAAGGUUUUGUCAUUGCAUGAAGCUUUUUUUGUCCUACCUGCUCAAUAAAACAGUUAGAGACACCACAGUUUUGAUGGCUAUUUGGGGUUUUAUUUUCGGAAUCUUAGCAGGGAUAAGCAAUCCAAAAGCCGCUGGCACGUUUAUGAAUUUAACUGAAGAGAAAUAACAAGGCUCUGUUUGCCUGAUGUGCUUAACCAACAUCGAGGUCUGCUCCACCUCCUUUCUUGUGUGAUUUCCCUAUGAAGCACUGUCUACCUGUACCGGCUCAGAAUUCCUCCGGUUCCUGAUGCACAGAAGAUGCAUCUGGAUUGGGUCAGGAGGAGGGCAGUCUGCCUUGACAGUUUCCAGUUACGGAGACACUGUCCUAGUACCAAAGCCCACCACUUGGGGACUUCCCAUGCAGUCAGAAUUCAACCGAGAACUGACAGCAGCGGAUUCUGAGUUUGGUAAUGAAGAAAAACAAAACACCUCUUUAGAAUUUACUUUUUAACCUCAUUGGAACCAUGGCUGAUACAAAGUCUUAAUUCAUUACAGGAAAGGGCCUAUCUUUGUCUGCACCCUCACUUUUCUUCAUUUGUAACCAAGAUUAGCACAACGGACUCUCAACCCUUCUGGGGGUUUGUAUCUUUCUUUAGGAGAACCCUUAGCUGGACGGCACUCAGACUUGCCCCUGAACCAGCGAGAGAAGGUAACUAUUUUUAAUAAAGGCUUUGUGUUUGGCACAAGGUGACAAAAGGAGAUCAAAUCUGUCCUGUGAUAAUGAACUCCAGGGAAAAAACACUGAAAAUCUCAGCGCUGCGUCUGAAGCUAUCAAAUUAUUCUCUUGACCUCCCCAAGCCAGGAGCAGCCCCUGUGAGAAAACAAGCCGAGAGUUACCCAGCCCCGUGGCUAAGAGUCACACUGUGGCCUCCACAGGGGCGUUUUCCCUGUUGAAAAAGCUGCAAUAUUUAGAAAUUUGUGCCUCCUCCUCCACGCACAGCUUAAACAAACCCCACUUCUAGGGGCUGUU